CGUAGGCAAUAACUGGAUGCUUGAGUAUAUAUGGGACACUGGUAGCCAUCAACCGGUACACUCUCAGUCGCUCCGACUCGGGAACCAGGGCAUCAGCGGAGAUAGCAGGCUUAACUUCGCCCUCUUAGGCUAACUCGCUUUGGGCUUUGGUUCAGGAUGGAAACCUCUUCGAUUUUUCGGAGCCGACGAUGCUCCAUCAUGCGCAACUGCAAAAGCGGUCUCUCCCUCUGGCUGGUGGUGUGGCUGGUCCUCGGCAAGCCAAGUCCGGCAUCGGCGUGCCCGCACCUGUGCGUGUGCUACCCGACGCCCAUGACUGUGAGCUGCCAGGCGCAGAACUUCACCGCCGUCCCGGUCGGAGUGCCCUAUGAGUCGCAGCGCGUGUUCCUUCAGAACAACCGCAUCACGCAGCUUAGAGUUGGCUCUUUUGGCUUCGGGACUCAGGUUCUGUGGCUGUUCUCCAACAACAUCACGUGGAUUGAGGCAGGGGCCUUCAGUGAGCUGAGGGACUUGGAGGAGUUGGACCUGGGGGACAACCCCAAUCUCCACAGGCUGGAGGGGGGAGCCUUCCGCGGCCUAGAGAAGCUCCAGAGCCUCCACAUGCACCGCUGCCGGCUCACUGCCCUGCCCCAUGACAUUUUCCACAAGCUUUACAGCCUGCAGUUCCUCUACCUGCAGGAGAAUAAUCUCCACUUCCUGCAGGACGACAUCUUUUCUGACCUCAUCAACCUGAGCCAGCUUUUCCUGCAUGGCAACCGUAUCCGCACCCUCUCAGAGAACGUGUUCCGCGGCCUGGUCAACCUCGACCGCCUUCUCCUCCACGACAACCGCAUCAGGCAGGUGAACCGCCGCGCCUUUCGCGACCUCGGCCGCCUGACCAUGCUCUUCCUCUUCAACAACUCCCUGGCUGAGCUGCCCAGUCAGACCCUGAGGGACACGCAGGGCAUUGAGUUCCUCCGCCUCAACGCCAACCCCUGGUCCUGCGGCUGCGAGGCCCGCGCCCUGUGGGAGUGGUUCCGCGAGGCCCGUGUGUCUUCAUCUGAGGUGAUCUGUGCCUCCCCUUCAACCCGCCGUGGCCAGGACCUCCGCUUCCUUCGUGAGAUGGACUUCGCCCUCUGCCCCCUGCCCGACCCAGGCUCCAUCGCCGGCUCCACCACCACCACCUUCAGCACCAAAACCCGCUGGUGGUUCCACAAGAACAAGCCCCAGUCGUCUACGAAAGGCGUCUUUGAGAAAUCCUCAGAGACUGUCAAGGCUGGUUUGCACGGGAAAGGCCCAUCCACAACCACGUCUGUAGUCAAGUACGAGUUGGGGGAGGAAGAGCUGGCGCUGCCCAAACUCGACCCAGAAGAGUACUGGGCAAACUACGGCAACGAGGACUCAGGUGUCACCCUGCGAUGCUUCGAGCUCGAAUGUCCACCUGAGUUUGACCUGCCUCCAUCUUCCUCCUCUCCCUCAUCCUCCUCUCCCUCUUACCUCUCACUACUAGCCCUUUCUGUUUUCAGCCUCUGCCUCAGCCUCCACCUGCUAUUCGGCUGAAUCUGACUCUUAGUACCAUGCCCCUUCCCCUUCCAGCCUGUUUUAAAGGCUGUGAGGAUCCCUGUUAGACUCUCUACACCCCCUUUGCCCGCUUUGCUGUAAGCCAAUCCUCAAGGCACAGCGAGGGAGAUAGGGGGACGGUUAGAUUCUGAAUCUACCACCUACAGGGCUUAACACUUUUCAGGGCUGCUAAGAGUUGUUCAGCUAAGGUCAUAUAUAUCUACAAUACUCUACAGGUAUGGCUUUCUGUGUCUCACCUGUAUGAUGUCAUGUUAUGAUUCCCUGCAAUCAGGGCUACGAGGGCUGGGUCCAUCACUAAUAUCAGCGCGAUUUGCUAGCAGUUGUGAAUGAUGUUAAUUUUGUCACUUCAGCUUCGUUAGAACUACUAGAGCUAUUAGUGCAUCCAAUUAACUGGCUGCUACAAAUACUACAAUUACUGUUAGAAUCGGUACACAGUAAUGACAAUACUGUAACCACUUAAAGUGUCAUGUAAAUAGGUAUGUAUUUUUGUGAGUGUUCAAAUUGAUCCAGCAAAUGCUUUCAUUUUGAUCUGAGAAAUACUUCUACAGGACAGAGCACGAUGCACAGUGAGGCUGAGAGUUUACUAAGAGAGAGAGAAGAGAGGAAAAUAUACUGUGAAGCUGGGAGGGAGGGAAAAGAAAGAGAGAGGAAUGCAGGCAUGUCAACGACGAAGGAAGGGUUACAAGGACAGUGACAGGGAGAGGAGAGGAGGGGAUUUUUUUUAAAGAAACAGGAUUAGAAAAAGGAAGAGGAAAAAGGAGGGAGGAGGGGGUCAGUGUUCAUGCAGCAAUAAGAAAAGAAGCAGCGAGAAUACAGCGCGGACGCUCUGAAGGACAGUGCUGGCGGUAGAAGCAGCAAAUUGCAGGAGAAAAGUAAUAAAUCCACUCAUUGGUAGUUGUUCCAUCCAUCCAACUCAUACCAUCCACCAUUUUCUGUAAAUAUGGUGUUGUUUGCGACAACCACAAGGAAAUAAUGCUUCCUGUCAGGAAGCCAGAGAUUUUAGUUUUUGGAUGUCUUUCUGUGACAUAUUGAUAUAAUGUGUAAAGAUUGUUGACUUGGAUGCAGAUGAAGAUCUUGAUAAAAAGAUACACCGAAUAUUUCCUGAA